UUGUUUUUAUCUAAAGCAUCAAAAAUGGCAACAUUGUUUGUUAAAAAAUAACACGGCCGUUGUAUGUUGACUGCGUUUGCAAUUAUCAAUUUUAUUUUGAGUGUUUACUCUAAAUUUUCUGUGUUUCUUAUAUUUUGAUGAUAUCAUGUUUGAUUAUUAAUCGUUGGUAACAACGAAGUUACAUUUGCCACCCGAAAUAGUGAGAUAACACCAUGUUUUACGAAGAAGAGGAGAGAUUUCUCAAUCCGGAUAUACUUCACGUUGUUCGUCGAGAACUGUUGUUAACAUUUCCAGAUGCCAUCAAUUCAAACUAUGAUGUCACUCCUUAUGGCUUGAAGUAUGUUCCUACUCAUACUGAAGAUGGAAUACCUAUUAGGAAGCUGUAUGUUUCAAAUUUACCUCCAAAGACUACAAGAUCGGAGUUAUUUGGAGUAUUUGCUCCUUAUGGUUUCAUCAAGAGCUGUUGGUUAAGGAUGGGAGACAAAGGUCCUAAUAAAACGCCAACACCCACAUAUGCAUUUGUCACCUACAGCAAUCCAGCUGAUGCACAUAAAGCGCUGCAAGCCCCAGGUCAUGAGAAGACACUGAGAGGUCGUAAUCUGAGAAUAUCACCUGCAGACAGUUGGCACCAGCCUGCCGAAGAUGCUGAUGGCAGAGGACGCUGGAAGCCCCGCGGUCAGCGUCGUAAUGAAGCACAUGCUGCCACUACAGAGAACUCUGUUCAGCCUCUAGAAGUCAGUAACUCUGAAUGGGUUUCUGAAAGUGGGGAUGCAGCGGAAGCAACAACCAGUGCUACAGAUGCACCAAUGGACAACACUGAAGCAAAGGAAGAUGCUAAGGACAGUGAUACAGAGCCAAACUACACUAUACUGGAUGUUUUGAACAGGGAUUGUUUAGCACACAUCAUGUCGUAUGUUCCCAUCAGAGACCUCAUUAGAUCAGAACGAGUCAGUAAAACUUGGCAACAUAUGGUCCGAGAGUACUUACAAGGCAUCCGCAUGUUCAAGACGUCGUGGUGGCAGCACGUGCCGGUGAUGCUGACGACGGCCGUGCUGCGGCGCAUCGUGCAGCGCCUGGGCGCCGGCCUCGCCCGUCUGCACAUCGACCACCACUGGUCCGCGCUCAACGACCGCACCGCGCACAUCGUCGGCAAGUUCUGCCCCAACCUCGAGGAACUCAAGAUUGUCGGAAUGCACACGCGGAAUUGGAAUCCACUCAUCUAUGGGUGUAAACAAUUAAAAACUUUAUCGUUUGUGUCAUGCAAUAAGCUAACAGAUUCGAGUUUAGUACAUCUAGUCAAAAGUGAAUCGUGUAUAGAAAGCUUAACGGUCGCAAAUAACACUCAUGUGACAGGGUUGUUCCUCACCGGAUCAAAUCCCCAAAAACUAAACUCUCUCGCAUUCUACAACUGCUACAGCCUGCAGGGCACAGUACUUUGUGCUGCAAUAGACACACUUCCAAGAUUAACCUGUCUCAAGUUAGAUGUCUGUCCGCACACAAUGUGGAAAAUAAUACCAAUGAUUCUUAACAAACUUCCAUUACUUGAAGAGCUUUCGUUGAGCGAGUAUAUAUCAGUAGAUUCCUGUUUCUCUCCACAAUGCAACGAUGCUUUCUGCGAUGCCAUCGGCAACCUAACUGAACUGAAGAGCCUGAACCUGAGUCGCAACAUAUACGUCACCAACACAGUACUAAAACGAGUCGCUCAAUGUUGUCCCAAGCUGGAAACCCUCAACAUCUCCAGCUGUAAUUCUCGCAAGAUCUUCCCUCAUCCAGGAGUGAGCGACGAGGGCGUGUGGGCGCUGUGCCGCGGAUGCCGCGCGCUGAGCUCGCUGGACGUGUCGUACCUGGCGGCGCUGACGGACGCCGGCCUGCGCGCCGCCGCCGCGCUGCCGCGUCUGCAGCGGCUCACGGCGCGCGGCAUGUCCGCGCUCUCCUCCGCCUCGCUGGCCGCCUGCCUCGCCGCCUGUCCCAUGUUGCAGGAGCUGGACGUGUGUGGGUGCGACGGAGUGUCGGAGGAGGUGGUGCGGGCGGCGACGCGCGCGCUGGCGCUGCGGCCGCGCGCGCUGACGCUGCGUCUGGCGGGCACCGCCGCCUCGUCGCUCGACCUGCAGCAAGACUGUCCCACGCACAAACUGCUGACUGUGGACGUUGCGGACGACCGCAGUAACCCACAUUUGCGGCCUGAUUUCGUUGACACUAUGUACGAACACAGCUCCGAUGAUUCCCUGGGCGAUCUAUACGAAAAUGACGACUUCGACGACUUUUUUGGACCAGAUGAGGAUCUGUUCCUGGACGAAGACUUGGACGACUUCGAUGGAAUGUACCACUUUGAGCUGCACGCGCCCGACAUUAUUCUGCUGUAGGAGACGCUCCGUGGCCGGUCUACGUAGCUGUUCUCACGCCAUAUCGCAACCCUUACCAGCCGACACAUUGCAAACCAGGGAUGCAAUGCAAUCCAACAUGAUUAUGUUACAACAUACAUUUAUUGAAGAAAAAUGUUUUAGAAUUAGUUGUUUUGUUCAAGUGAUUUGUUUAUAUUUCUUGUAAAAAGUAAAUCAAGGUUUUAUUUAAGGCCGAUUUUAUUUUUCAGUUUUAAUUUUGCAUGUUUUGGGGACUUUGUUAUUCGUUACGUGAAAGGGAGCAUCUUUUUAUUUGAAGCACUUAUUGGCUUAUUUUAAAAUAUGGUUUUAAUUUUAAGAGGUGAAAAAAAUCAUACACUUGUUUUCUGUAUAAUUUGCCAAAAAUAUAGUCCACUUUGCAUAUUGGGCACUAGUUAAUAGUCAAGUUUCUAACUCAUAGUCAAUAGUAAUUAGAUAGUAUGACAAUGCUUGUGCUAAGUUCAUUGGGAAGGAAUAUAAUCAACGAAUAACAUUAUUUCAUCAUUUGAGCCAUCAUCUAAGCCAUUCCCCUAAAUUGGUUGGUUGGCAACAUCAUUUUUUAUUAAACUUUAUAACGGCAUAGUUGAAACAAAACUUUUGAUAUAAAACACAAAACAAAAUUCAUAGUAUUGAUCUGAAAAUCAUUUAGUUGUUUGUUUUAUGAACAUGUGACUGAAUAUGUAUGUUUAAAAACAAUAACGAAAUCUAUUAAGUUGCUGUCCCUUCCAUACAAUAAACCUAGUCAUGCAUAAAUGAUAAUUUAAACAAUUUUGUGCCUUUAAAGCAAUACUGUAUUAAUAAAAAAAUGUAUAACCUUGUUCUUAUAUAGCAUAUUUGUAUUGAAAUAGCCAUUUAGCCAUCAAAUUAACUAAUGUAUGGCUUAAUGUAGAAAUAUAUAGUUAUGAUGCUAAUCACCCCUUGAAAUUACCAUAAUAGGAGUGCUUAAAAAUCGCAGUUAUUCAAUAAAUAGUUAACACUUGAUUAGGCGGUUGUAACUGAAAUCUAUGAUUGUAAGACUUUGCUAUAAUAUUAUCUGUGAUGAAACAUUAUUUUCGCAACACGAAAGUCCCACAUCUCAUCUAGCUGUAGCAAUUAAUGUUUAUUUAUAUAUAAACCUUUUGAUGUAUUGUAUUAUAACUAUAAGCAAAGUCUGAAAUAUUGUGAUAUAAAUAAAUUAUUAAUUUCUGAUUUUAUCAAUUAUCUCAAAUAAUUGGUAAUACAUACUGCAGUGGAUAAAUUCAAGUUAAAAUUGAAAUAAUUGUUUGAGUGUUUGUCGCUUAUUUAUGUACGGCUUGAAUUGAGAGGAAAGAUUUGACUUGGUUUUUUUUAUUUUGUUAAAGUAUCAAUUACAUUCAAAAGAAGUUAUAUUGUGAUUUUCUUUGAAUAAUUCAUCAAGUAUUAAUCCUACGCAUGAAAACAAGUAAAAUCACUGUUAUCUUUACUUUAUAGGAAUUAAAUGUAGUACCAACUAAAUUCAUUAAAUAAUUAUAGUAAAACCACUGGCAAUCAACUAUUUGAAAUGUGAUAUUGUGAUUUGUAGAAAAUUUAUGUGUCCAUAUUUCUUUACCAGCUUAAUAUGAUUUAGUCAUGAACUUAUCGUUUUCUUUUUAUUAUGGCUAAUCAAAAAUGAGUUGUGCAAUGUAUGUACCUUUGUGUUUUAUUUUAAUUAAGUUCAAUUCAUUGAAGCUUUUGUCAUAGAUGAUCAUAUUGGGCUGGAUUACUUGUUGAUAAGUUGUUAUUAUGAAGUAUAGAAACAGUAAACUAAAGAGGUGUUGCGAGUUUUUUUUGCUCUUAAUUUAGACAGGAAGUUUUGAGUUUUGAAACUUUUUCUGGUGUUUUUAUUACAUUACUGUAACUUUAUGACAUUUUCACUUUAUAAGAACUUAAAACCUAAUCAAAGUGGCGAUUUUUAUUUGUUUUUUAUUAAAGAAUGGUUUUUGUUUCAAUCACAGUUGGAAAAUCAAUUGCUAUUUAUAUUUUUUAAGACUUUAUUAGAACAUAGUCUAGCCAAUAACUCUUUUUAAUUCACUGGGCAUUAAAGAAACCUUUUUGUUAAUAAUUGAUUCAGUCUAAGUUAUGAUUGCUAUAGUAGCAAAAUAAAAAUUGUCUGCCUAUUUAGUUUGUUGAGUUUCAGUUUUCUGUCACUUUAUUCAUCAAAGCUUACAUGUUUUUAUUCCAUAUCCAAGAACUGUCGCUGUGUUGAAGCGUAUAUACUAUACGUUUUUAUUUUGUUAAAAUUAGAUUAUUUUUAAUUAUCUUUACCUAACAUAAAAACAUGUAAGCUAUAAUUAAACAUGUGUUAACUUCAGUAAUGUUAAUUCAAUACAUUAUUUAACCUUUAGUAACAAGAAAGUGAAAAGGUUUUGUUUGUUGAUUUGUUUUCAUCACUAAUUUCUGAAUGUGUUCAGUGUUGUAAUGUUUGUAGAAGAAUAUAUAUUAUGUAUAUUUGCAGGGUUCACUUAGUGGUGAUUUAUGAUUUUAGAAUUGCAUUUUGGUCAAAAACUUAAAGCAUGAGAUGAUUUGUGAAACUUAAUAGAUUUUAUACAUUAAUUGUUUUAACAUAUUAGUAAGAACUGAAAUACAAAAAAUUCUUCAACACUAGUAUAAUUUCAUUAUCUCCUUAAA